AUGACUUUACCCCAGUCCUCAGCAGUCCAAUCCCUGUACCUUAUGGAGAAUAUCAGUCUGUCCCUGAUGUUUUUCCUGGAGAGAAGUGGGCUCUUUGAUGCCACCGAUACUUUUAAAACGGUUCCAGUGCCUAAACCGGAACCGGCUUUUGUUUGGUAUCCUGUUGGCCUGUACUCUCACUCUGUGGGCAAAUACAACCAACAAUCUGGUAGGGUAGUGGUCAAAGCUUUUGUGAGCAGUGAGCACCCCAUAAACAUACACAUAAAAACAUUGGCUGAUGACAUGCGUGACAGAAUCACCAGUUUUCGAAAGCAAGGCAUGAAAAAGGAGAAGCCUCUUAUCCAGCACCCCACAGACCCUAUCUCCAACCAGACUGAGCUGCCUGUGCCCCAGCCGCUCUUCGACGAGCGCUCCAUGAACCUGUCGGAGAAAGAGAUCAUGGACUUGUUUGAGAAGAUGAUGGAGGACAUGAACCUGAAUGAAGAGCGUAAAGCCCCCCUGCGAGGGAAGGACCUGAGCACUAAACGGGAGAUGGUGGUCCAGUACAUUUCUGCAACAGCCAAAUCUAUAACUGGGAGCAAAGUUGCGGGUGGACUGAGGAACAGCAAGCACGAGUGUACGCUCUCGUCACAGGAGUACGUGCACGAGCUGCGCUCAGGCAUCUCUGAAGACAAACUGCUCAACUGCCUGGAGUCCCUGCGUGUGUCCUUGACCAGCAACCCCGUCAGCUGGGUGAAUAACUUUGGCCAUGAAGGUCUCGGGCUGCUUUUGGAUGUGCUGGAGAGGCUUCUUGACAAGAAACAGCAAGAGAACAUUGACAAGAAGAACCAGCAUAAACUCAUUCAGUGCCUCAAGGCCUUCAUGAACAAUAAGUAUGGCCUCCAACGUAUCUUGGGGGACGAACGAAGCCUCCUCCUCCUCGCAAGGGCGAUCGAUCCUAAGCAGACUAAUAUGAUGACUGAGAUUGUCAAGAUUCUGUCAGCUGUUUGUAUCAUCGGAGAGGAGAACAUUCUGGAUAAGAUCCUGGCAGCCAUGACCAUUGCUGCGGAGAGGAAUAAUAAGGAGAGGUUUGCUCCGAUAGUGGAGGGGCUGGAGAACCACGAAGCCCAGCAGCUACAGGGGGCCUGCAUGCAGCUGAUCAAUGCCCUCGUUACAUCGCCAGAUGAUUUAGACUUCAGGAUACACUUACGAAAUGAGUUUCUGCGCUGCGGCCUCAAGAAGAUCCUACCAGAGCUGAAGGAGACAGAGGAGCUCGACAUUCAGCUGAAGGUGUUUAAUGAAAAUAAGGAGGAGGAUUCCAUCGAACUGUCUCACCGACUAGAUGACAUCCGUGUAGAGAUGGAUGAUAUGGGUGAAGUGUACCAUCUCCUGUCCAACAUGGUGAAAGACACAGGCUCAGAACCUUACUUCCUAUCCAUCAUCCAGCACCUGCUGCUCAUCAGGAAUGAUUAUUAUAUCAGGCCUCAGUAUUACAAGGUGAUCGAGGAGUGUGUGUCCCAGAUCGUCCUCCACCGCAGUGGGAUGGACCCUGAUUUCGCCUACAGGGAGCGACUGGAUGUGGACUUCAGUCAUCUCGUCGAUCAGUGUGUGGAUAAAGCCAAAGUGGAAGAGAGUGAACAGAGAGCGACUGAAUUCUCCAAAAAGUUCGACGAGGAGUUCAGCGCACGGCAGGAAGCACAGGCUGAGCUGCAGAAGCAGGAGGAGAAAAUCAAAGAGCUAGAGUCUCAGAUCAACACCCUGCAGGCCCAGUUGAUUAGUGAGAGAGACAAGCUAAGAGAGGCAGAGAAAAGCAUCAGCGAAAGAAACAGCAAGGUUGCAGCAGGACCUGAAGCAGCCGGUGCUGUUCCUCCAGCACUGCCACCACCAGGAGGAAUUGUACCUCUGCCUCCUCCACCACCACCAAGUGGAGGUAUACCACCACCUCCUCCACCUCCUCCUUUUCCUGCAUCUCUAGGACCUCCACCUCCUCCACCUCCACCUGGCUGCGGACCUCCACCACCACCUCCACCUCCUGGAGGAGGCCCUCCCCCACCACCGGGUAUGCCUUUGGCUCCUCCUCCGUUCGUUGUCCAGCUGCCUUACGGGCUGCUGCCCAAGAAGACCUACAAACCUGAGAGCGUCAUGAAGCGGGUGAAUUGGUCUAAGGUAAGACAGUGAAUGUCACUGGAGCUUAAAUGGUUUAAAAACACGUGUUGUGAGAUCAGCAUAACACACUCCAAGGUCAGCAGUAAAUUGCAAAUAGUGGCAGUAAUUUAGCCUUCCCAGUGUGUAAGAGGAAGACAAGAAGAAAGGAUGAAAAAGA